AUGGCUGAUAAAGACGUGGAGGCGCGGAACACGCCUUCGCCAGGUCCUGGUAGACGACAGAGAGCUCCUACCAUUACCAUAGACACUUCGGCUGUCAACCCCAACGACACUACCAUGGGAGAUUCUGUGCCAUUGGGCGAGCUGCAGGACAACCGCUCAUCCUCAACACAACACAACGACGGUGGAGAUGUCUCUCCAAGCACGUCCAAGCAGCCCACAACAGAGCUUCGUGCUACUAACUCUUUCGAGAGCCGCAAGAGCGGCGAGAGUAGACCGACUUCCCCUCACAACGUCUCGUCACCUUCGAAUUGGGGUACCACAUCCCAGGGCUUUCUCAAUGUGCCCGGACGCUCGCGCGGAAACUCUUUCGAUACGGAGAACGGCGAGUCGACGUCCAGCGGUACAUACAUACCUUCCUCACAGGGCGAGACCAUGCGUGGGGACCACAACGCCAAUGGUAUAAUCAACGAUGAGGAUGCGCUGCGUCCAGAUCCUGGGACAGAAGCCGACUUUGAAGUCGAGAACAAUCCCUUUGCGUUCUCGCCCGGUCAAUUAGGGAAACUUUACAAUCCAAAAAGCUUGGGUGCUUUCCACGCAUUGGGUGGUUUAGACGGACUCGAAAGGGGUCUGAAGUCAGACCGGAAAGCAGGACUAAGCGUUGACGAACGGCACGUUGACGGCACCAUCUCGUUUGAAGAAGCAACCACCCCGAGUUCUACGCAUGCACCAAAAUCUUCGCCAGCCAACGGAGCCCAAUCCGCUGAUACAGCGCAAGAUGCGGGCGAUGAUGCUUUCGCCGACCGAAAACGGGUUUUUAGCGACAACCGGUUACCCGAGCGGAAACCCAAAAACAUCUUACAGCUGGCCUGGAUAGCUUACAACGACAAAGUCUUGAUUCUUCUUACAAUUGCUGCCAUCAUCUCAUUAGCCCUCGGCCUCUACCAAACAUUCGGCGUAAAGCACGAGCCCGGUGUGCCCAAGGUUGAGUGGGUCGAAGGUGUAGCCAUCAUCGUUGCCAUUCUCAUCGUCGUCGUCGUUGGUGCUGCCAACGACUGGCAAAAGGAGCGACAGUUCGUGAAAUUGAACAAGAAGAAGGAAGAUCGCUAUGUCAAGGCCAUCCGGUCCGGACAGUUACGCGAGAUUUCCGUAUACGAUAUACUUGUCGGUGAUAUCGUCAAUCUGGAGCCUGGUGACAUGGUACCUGUGGACGGUAUUCUUGUUCAAGGCCAUGGCGUCAAGUGCGAUGAGUCGUCCGCCACCGGUGAAUCUGAUUUGCUGAAGAAAACUCCGGCUGACGAUGUCUUCCGGGCCAUCGAAAACCACGAAUCGACAAAGAAGAUGGAUCCUUUCAUCCUCUCUGGUGCCAAAGUCUCCGAAGGCGUUGGCACUUUCUUAGUCACCGCUACCGGAAUUCACUCGAGCUAUGGCAAGACGAUGAUGUCUCUGCGCGAAGAGAGCGAGGUGACGCCACUGCAAUCGAAGCUCAACACGCUCGCUACAUACAUUGCAAAGCUCGGUGGCGCGUCCGCUCUGCUCCUGUUUGUUGUUCUCUUCAUCGAGUUCCUCGUCAAGCUCCGUACCAGUACCGACACGCCUGCUGAAAAGGGUCAAAACUUCUUGGAUAUCUUGAUCGUCGCCAUCACCGUCGUCGUUGUCGCGGUCCCUGAAGGUCUCCCACUUGCCGUGACGCUUGCUCUCGCUUUUGCUACCACUCGCAUGUUGAAGGACAACAACCUGGUACGACUGUUGCGCUCCUGCGAAACCAUGGGUAAUGCUACAACCAUUUGUUCCGACAAAACAGGUACCUUGACCCAGAACAAAAUGACAGUAGUGUCUGGCACCCUGGGAACAGCCCUUCGCUUUGGAGAUAAGAAGCUGAGGGCUCCGGAUUCGACAAAACCCAUUGAAGACGGCGCCAAAGGCAAGCACAGUCUCGAGACUCCCCUCGAAAGCCCGGACGAUGUUACACCGUCCGAAUUCGUUUCCAACCUUGGCAAAGAAGUUAAAGAGCUGCUGCAGCAAUCCAUCGUACAGAACACCACGGCUUUUGAAGGACCAGAGGGUGGACCCGAUCCAUUUAUUGGGUCGAAGACUGAGACUGCUCUCCUUGGCUUUGCCCGCGAUCAUCUUGGCCUGGGUUCCGUUUCGACAGAACGCGCCAACGCGAACAUAGUUCAGGUCGUUCCUUUCGACUCUGCAAUCAAAUGUUCUGGCGCGGUCGCUAAGCUGGCAGACGGGCGUUACAGGCUUUACGUCAAAGGUGCUUCCGAAAUUUUGCUCGGUAAAUGCGACACCAUCGUCUCUGAAGCUACCAAGGAGUUGAUCGAAAGACCACUUUCCGAGGACAACCGUGAAACCCUUGAGCAAGUCAUCAACACCUAUGCUUCGCGCUCGCUGCGAACUAUUGGCCUCAUCUACCGGGACUUUGAGAGCUGGCCACCUCGCGAUGCACGCAAGUCUGAAGACGAUGCUUCCCAGGCGGUGUUCGAAGAUAUCUUCAAGAACAUGACGUUCCUGGCGAUCGUUGGUAUUCAAGACCCCCUACGAGACGGUGUGCGCGAAGCUGUCAAAGAUUGCCAGGGUGCUGGUGUAUACGUGCGCAUGGUCACUGGUGACAACGUUCUGACUGCAAAGGCGAUCGCUGAAGACUGCGGAAUUCUUGUACCUGGCGGAUUGGUCAUGGAAGGCCCCACGUUCAGAAAACUCUCGAAACGGGACAUGGAUGCCGCGAUCCCCAAGCUCUGUGUCCUUGCUCGCUCCAGUCCGGAAGACAAACGUAAGCUUGUAAAGCGACUCAAGGAGCUGGGCGAGACUGUUGCAGUCACUGGUGACGGCACAAAUGACGCACCGGCCUUGAAGACUGCUGAUGUUGGUUUCUCCAUGGGCAUCGCUGGAACCGAAGUCGCCAAAGAAGCCUCUGCCAUCAUUCUUAUGGAUGACAACUUCGCAUCGAUCGUCAAAGCCCUUCUAUGGGGUCGAGCUGUCAACGAUGCCGUUAAGAAAUUUUUACAGUUCCAGAUCACCGUCAACAUCACCGCCGUCCUGCUCACCUUCAUCUCAGCUGUAUCGAGUUCGGACCAGGAGUCGGUCCUUACUGCUGUGCAACUACUCUGGGUGAAUCUCAUCAUGGAUACGUUCGCUGCUCUGGCCCUUGCAACCGAUCCUCCAACACGUAGCCUUCUCAACCGCAAGCCCGAUCCGAAGUCUGCGCCGCUCAUUACUCUCAACAUGUGGAAGAUGAUCAUUGGUCAGGCAAUCUACCAAUUGGUGGUCACGUUGAUUCUUUACUUCGCCGGAGAGAAGAUCCUCUCUUAUGACUCUCCGGAAGAAAAGGAGCGCAUGCCUACACUCGUCUUCAACACUUUUGUUUGGAUGCAAAUCUUCAACUCGCUGAAUAAUCGUCGCUUGGACAAUCGCUUCAACAUCUUUGAGGGCAUCACGCAUAACUGGUUCUUCAUUGCGAUUUUGGCCAUCAUGAUUGGCGGACAGACCAUGAUCAUUUUUGUUGGUGGUCGUGCAUUCUCCGUCGUUAGAAUCAACGGUGCCCAAUGGGCUUACUCGAUCGUCUUGGGAGCUCUUUCGCUGGUUGUGGGUGUCAUAGUACGACUCAUCCCGGAUGAAUUGGUCGGACGCUGCAUUCCAUCAUUCCUCAAGCGCAAGCGAACUCCUGAAGUAGUGGUGUCGGACGAAUACCAAUGGAACCAAGGCCUGCUUGAGAUUCGCGACGAGCUCGCCUUCAUCAAGAGGGUCCGUGGUGGGCGUCUUAGCAACCUCAAGUUCAAGAUCGAGCACCCUCGUGAGAUCUUUUCCCGGUCCAGGUCAAGUCAGUCACUACCAGGAACACCCAACAACGGCUCAAAUGUCGAACACGAGGGCUCGCCUGCACCACCAACGCCUCAGAGCCGCCGCCGCGGUAGAUCUCGAUCGAACUCUGCUUUCGGGCCAGCUGCCGUCAUGGCGGGUAUCGUCGCUGGCAGUGUUGCAGGCUGGUCUCCCAUUGAUCGUCCGGGCGGUGAAAAUGACUCGUUGAAAUUCUCUCGCAACCGUAGUAGGUCAGACCUCGAGGCACAAGAGGGCAUCGAAGUCCACCCAGACACCAAAUCGACCGAUCCCAUACUCGCACCUGAUCCAUCGGAGUAUCGCGGCCCUCCAAGUCAAAACCAAGAAACAACACCAAAUUUCAAUGUCGGUCCUUUUGCCGGUGAUCCUAAAUUGCACGGCGACGAACCUAAGUCCUUCCAAUCAUGA